AUGGCUAUUAUCAGGAUGAUUACCACCACACCACAUCCCAUCAUCGUUACUGUUGUCACCGGCCCGCCCACGGGAGCCUCCUCAGUCAGGGGGGACGAGGCUGUGGGUUUGUCCUCUGUGCCCCUCCGUGUCCCCUCCCUCGGUGGCUUGACGAUAAUGCCUGAUGACAUCCCUGCAGCGGAGGCCUUGGCCAGUUUUGACCUGCGUGGCUCCCACGGCCUUUCCCAUGACCCCAUGCCACUCAGAGACGAGGAGAACGGUCAUGGCACCCGGUGUGCAGGGGAAGUGGCCAUGGAGGCCAACAACUCUUACUGUGGCGUGGGCAUCGCUUUCAACGCCAGGAUCGGUGGUAUCCGUCUGCUGGACGGCACGGUGACGGACUCCAUGGAGGCCACGUCUCUGACCUUCAACAACGACUUCAUCGAUGUGUACGUGUGCUGCUGGGGCCCGCGGGACGACGGACAGGAGAUGGCCGGGCCGGGGACACUCACACAGAAAGCACUGAGGCUGGGCACGCAGAAGGGGCGAGGUGGAAAAGGAAGUAUAUUUGUGUGGGCGUCUGGUAAUGGUGGGUUGGUGAACGACCACUGUGGAGCAGACGGCUAUGUCAACAGUGUCUACAGCAUUGCCAUCGGUGCGGUCACUCACAUGGGCAAGCCCGCCUUUUUCGGGGAGCCCUGCCCUGCUGUCAUGGCUGUCACUCUAACUGGAGCCAGUUUGGAAGACACACUACCCCUAGUGACAGUGUCCAAUCUAGGGGACGGUUGUGUCACCCACUUUGCGGGGACAUCCAGUGCUGCACCCAUCGCGGCCGGGAUUCUGGCUCUUGUCCUGGAGGCCAAUCCUGACUUGACAUGGAGGGAUGUGCAGCAUCUGAUCGCCAUGACGGCCAAGGUCCCCGACCCCAAAGAGCCAGGAUGGAGUGUCAACGGAGCAGGGUACCACGUCCACGAUAGGUACUAGUUACACACACAGUGUAAACACACCACACACAUCAUGUGUGGUUCCCAAACCUUUUAUAGUCCCG